AUGCAUCACUUUUUUAGGCUAUUGACUGAAAACUCCAUCCUCAACGAACCCACUGAGAUCCAAAACAUGAAGAGACAUUCAGAGGGAACAUUUUCCAACGACUACAGCAAAUACCUGGAGACAAGAAGAGCACAAGACUUUGUCCAGUGGCUGAAGAACUCAAAAAGGAAUGGGAGACGCCAUGCAGACGGCACUUACACCAGCGAUGUGAGUUCCUACCUGCAAGACCAGGCAGCCAAGGAGUUUGUGUCCUGGCUGAAGACUGGCCGAGGGAGAAGAGAUUGAAGAGAUCCAGCUUUUGCCAUUUCCCAAAAUAAUGCAACCAUUCUCACUGACUCUGUGCCAUUAUAUGUUUUGCAGUCUGUACUAGAUUUUUUUCUUGGUAAGAUAUUAAAUGCCCUCACAAGAAGCCCUGUUGGCCUUAAAUUGUUAAAGGAAAUUUUAAAAUGUGUCAGAUGUCUGAUCAAGCGUUCAUGACAUGAUUUAAUUUUUUCACAUUUCAGUUUUUUUUCUUCGUUUUUAAAAUCACGUUAUUGGUUUGAACUUCAAGUUUAUUAAUUACAUCUGUCAAUAGUCUAAUGCUUUUUUCUUAUUAUUCAGAA